UUGGUGCUCAAUGGUUGCGAGUGUAGUGUGCAUUUGCCAGGGUGAGUGUCGUGUGUUAAGGGUAGAGCCAAGACAGGAAUACAGAAUUAACCACAAUCUCCCUCACUCCCUUUUGCGCUGCCUCUCUCUUCAUCCCUUACACACACGCUCUCUCCCAAACAGAUGCACACACUCCCUCUUCUCGGUGUUCUCUCACUGCCUUUCUGAAUUCAGUGGGAUUUGACUCGGUCACUACGAUGUUUGCUGUUGCUGGAAGCUCUCUGCAGUGAGCACGCUGAGGUUAUGCUACCUAAAAGUCCUCCGUUGAGUAAGAAAGAGAGUGAAAAGGGCUAAGGACUGCUUCGCAACACACUGCCCUGACCUUGUGAUCUGCAACGGAGCCAUGAGCAACCCUAAGGAUGCCAGCGACACCAAUGUCGCCACCAACACUAUGGCCACAGCCACCUCAGCUCCAUCGGCCCCUUCUAGGCGGAGUGAAGAUGAUGAUGAUGAAGAGCAGGACCUGAACAAGACCCUGGGGGUGCAGCUCUUCCAGCAGAUCCUCCACCCACCGGCCCGUGGACCCCCAAAGAAACACCGUGCCUACAACGAGGAAGACUUUGAGUACCACCGCCACUCCUCCCACCACAUCCACCACCCGCUGUCCAAACUACCCCCAGAAAGGAGGAAGAAGAAGAGCAAGAAGAAGGGAGCGGGAUGGAGGAGAGGAUCCGGGCCUGGCGGAGCACUCAACAUAGAGGAGGACGAGGAAGAAGAGGACGCAGAUGAGUCCUACAGCCAGAACGAUGGAGAGGGGGGGCAGACCACCACACCCACACCUGAUACUGACACGGACACACACAACGAGGAUGUGCAGUUCUUCGUGUCUGAGGAUGACCCUGCCAGUGCCACCCUUACCAGACGCCUCACCAUCGUGCCCGAGACUGCCCUGGGUACCAACAUGCCAGAGGAUGCCACGGAUGAGCCAGUGGACUCAGUGUUGGCCCCCAACAAAGGGAGGAAUGGCCUAUCCUCUGGCCCCUCCCGGGAGUCCCACAACCCCUCCACACGGGGCUCCACGCCUCCCUCCUCCUCCUCUUCCUCCUCCAGGACACCGCCCCCUGGCAGCCGCGGCUACGACCUGCAGGAGCGCCGGCGCUCGGGCAACAUGACGGGUGGGCAGCAGGAGUGCCACCAGCGCCAGGCCACCGACGACAGCGAGGCCCAGAUGCUGGGGUCCGCCGACCUGGAUGGCAUCAAGAGUCACAGGUUCGAGGAUGUGCCUGCGGUGCGCCGUCACCUGGUCAGGAAGAGCAACAAGGGUCAGGUGGUGCACAUCAGCAAAGACCACAAGGAGCCUAGUGCCCACUGCUGCAAGUUGGACCGUACCCCACAUGAGGUGUUUGUGGAGCUGAACGAGUUGGUGAUGGAUAAGAACCAGGAGUUGCAGUGGCGGGAGACGGCCCGCUGGAUCAAAUUUGAGGAGGACGUGGAGGAGGAGACGGACCGCUGGGGCAAACCCCACGUUGCCUCACUCUCCUUCCGUAGUCUUCUGGAGCUCCGCAAGACCAUCUCCCACGGUGCGGUGCUGCUGGACCUGAACCAGCACACCUUGCCUGGCAUUGCCCAUCAGGUGGUGGAGCAGAUGAUAAUCUCUGACCAGAUCAAAGUGGAGGACCGGGCCAAUGUCCUCAGAGCCCUACUACUCAAACACAGUCACCCGAGCGAUGAGAAAGAACACAGCUCUUUCACGCAGAACAUCUCUGCCGCCAGCCUGGCCUCCCUGAUGGUGAACCACCACAGCAGCAGCAACCACAUAGGCCAAGCCGAGCCCUCUGUCAUUGACCCCGUCGUAGGUGGAGGAGAGGCCACCUGCAUCCUUCCAGACACCCGCAUUGACAUGGAGAAGAGCGAGAAAGACAAUCCUCCCAAAUUGGGCAUGCACAGGUCCAAGUCCAAACAUGAGCUCAAGUUGCUGGAGAAGAUUCCGGAAAAUGCAGAGGCCACCGUCGUCCUCGUAGGCACCGUGGCCUUCCUGGAGCAGCCAUCCAUGGCAUUUGUGCGUCUGCAGGAAGCCGUGCUGCUGGAGUCUGUGCUGGAGGUGCCCGUCCCUGUACGUUUCCUCUUCCUUCUAAUGGGCCCGCCCAUCGCCAACAUCGACUACCACCAGAUCGGCCGCUCCAUCUCCACACUUAUGUCUGACAAGCACUUCCACGAGGCGGCGUACAUGGCGGACGAGCGGCAGGAUCUGCUGAACGCCAUCAACAGCUUUCUGGACUGUAGCAUUGUGCUGCCGCCGUCUGAGGUGGGCGGCGAGGAGCUGCUUCGCUCGGUGGCCCGCUUCCAGAGAGAGAUGCUCCACAAGAGAGAGGAGCAACAGGUCAAGAAGCUCAAGGUCAAAGAGCCCAAGAGCCCAAAGGAUAAAGCUCUGCAGGCACCCUUCAAACCUGGGGAUGACCCUCUUCGCCGGUCGGGCCGCCUGUUUGGGGGGCUGAUCAGUGACGCCGUACGGCGCUACCCCAAAUAUGCCAGUGACUUCCGUGAUGCACUCAACCCCCAGUGCAUGGCUGCCAUCAUCUUCAUCUACUUCGCUGCUCUGUCGCCCGCUGUCACCUUUGGAGGACUGCUGGGUGAGAAAACGGGGGGGUUGAUUGGCGUGUCGGAGCUGAUCAUCGCCACGGCGAUGCAGGGGGUCAUCUUUUCCCUCCUGGGGGCACAGCCUCUGCUGGUGGUGGGCUUCUCUGGACCCCUCCUGGUUUUUGAGGAGGCCUUCUACUCAUUCUGCAAUGCCAACCAUAUAGAGUACUUGACGGGCCGGGUGUGGAUUGGCUUCUGGCUGGUGCUCAUCGUGGUCAUCAUAGUGGCCUUUGAAGGUAGCUUCCUGGUCCGCUUCGUCACGCGCUUCACCCAGGAGAUCUUCUCCUUCCUCAUCUCUCUCAUCUUCAUCUACGAGACCUUCUCGAAACUGGGCAAGAUCUUUCAAGAGCAUCCUCUCCAACGCUGUUACCUGGUUAACGACACAUGGACAUCCUCAUCAUGCAACAACACUGUGGUUGGCGUGCCUGGCAAGGUGGUGGGGGAGCCCAACACAGCCCUCCUGACGUUGGUGCUAAUGUCCGGAACGUUCUUCAUUGCGUUUUACCUGCGCAAGUUCAAGAACAGUUCCUUUUUCCCUGGCAAGCUCCGUAGGAUGAUUGGAGACUUCGGGGUUCCCAUCGCGAUUCUCAUCAUGGUGUUGGUGGACUACAGCAUAAAAGACACCUACACCCAGAAGCUCCGCGUGCCCACAGGCUUCUCGGUGACCAGUCCUGAAAAGCGUCAGUGGCUGAUCCCCCCGCUGGGCUCGGACGGACAGUUCCCUGUCUGGAUGAUGGCCACCAGCAUCUUCCCUGCCCUGCUCGUCUUCAUCCUCAUCUUCAUGGAGACACAGAUCACCACGCUGAUAGUCAGUAAGAAGGAACGGAUGCUGUUGAAGGGCUCCGGCUUCCACCUGGACCUGCUCAUCAUCGUGGCCAUAGGUGGGGUUUCGGCCCUGUUCGGUCUGCCCUGGUUGGCCGCCGCCACCGUGCGUUCUGUUACUCACGCAAACGCCCUUACCGUCAUGAGCAAGGCGGUGGCCCCCGGCGACAAGCCCCGUAUCCAUGAAGUGAAAGAGCAGAGGGUGACGGGCUUCCUCGUAGCUCUGUUUGUCGGUUUGUCCAUUGUGAUCGGAGAUCUCCUGCGUCAGAUCCCCAUCGCUGUGCUCUUUGGGAUCUUCCUCUACAUGGGCGUCAUGUCCCUCAACGGUAUCCAGCUCACCGAGCGCAUGUUGCUGCUUUUGAUGCCUCCCAAGUAUCAUCCUGACCACACUUAUGUCCGCAAGGUGAGGACCCUGCGCAUGCAUCUGUUCACGGGGAUCCAGCUGGUGUGUCUGGCGGCACUGUGGACAGUCAUGUCCACCGUGGCUUCGCUGGCCUUCCCCUUCGUCCUCAUCCUCACCGUGCCCAUCAAAUGGUUCCUAUUGCCCCGCAUUUUCACCACGCGUGAGAUGCAGUGUUUGGAUGCAGAUGACGCAGAACCUAAGUUUGAUGAGAGGGAGGGACAGGAUGAGUACACAGAGAUGGUGCCAACGUGAUGGACAUUCUGCCAACUACUCCAGGAAGUUGAUCCAAAACCACCACAUCCUUUGUUUGUUCACUUGAUACUUUAUAACGCAACACUUGAUGGUUUGAAAUGUUGAAAUGUAAUUGUCUUGAAAGCUUUUUAGGGUCCCAACUCCCACAUCAUAUUUUUUUUGUCUAUUUUCACUAUAUUGCUUUUUGGAAGGUGGAUUUGUCCUUCAAAAAUCAUUUGAGUUACUAUGUUGAUUUCAUGUUUUUAGGUAUCUUUGGGGUGUGUUUUAAUGUCAGGUGGGAGUUUGAAUUGCUAUGUGUCAAAGACUAGAGCCCAAUUCCAAGUCUCCACCUUCUGCGCAAAUUGUGCAUCGGAAUUGGGCUUUUAGCAGAAACCACAUCCUCUGAGGUCAUGACCUAAGAAGAAGCACUUUAUUACGAUAGGAUCAGUACAGAUGUAGUAUACAUCUUAUCACAUUGUACUGAUGAAUAUAUACAUGUACAACAUAGUCAUAGACGAACAUUUACCAUUCAGUCUAGUUCCCACGGUUAGGCGUAUCAUUGCAGUAGUCUUUUGAAUGUUACAUAUUUAUUACUACUAUGGUACAUUUUUCAUUCAAGAGUGGGUCAAAUGUACACUACGUGGUUCUCAAUUCACAUGAUUUUACAUGGCCCUCCAGUAUGGCAAAUUCAUUUAAUUAAUGUUGUAGCUUCACUGAGAAGC